UAUCUUAAUCUCCUGCACUUUCAACAACCUUCGUAGAUCAGACCUUUUUUAUUUUGUCUUUCGCACAACUGUUCCUUUCUCUAUCCACGGCAUUAAGUACUUUAUUAACUGUGUUUUACGCUUCGUCGGCUACUCAACCCUACACAUUCGAGCCCACCAGUAAAAGCACACUCGCACAUCAUUCGCCAUGCCACAGCGACCAGACCCAGCCACUGUCAUUUCCUUGAUGGUCUCUCUACUCUCGAUCUCACUCAUGUCCGUCCUCUUUGGUCGUAAGACCUCGGGCACAAGCUUGGCAAAUAUCAACUACGCCCGCGGUCUCGUCAUCUCCCUCUACAUCGUCUCCUGGGGGUUCACGACCAUAGCCGCGAUCCUGACCUCGACCAACGUAGGCAACAUCACCUCCUGCACCAUCUCCAUCUUUGUCUGUCUCUCCCUCUACGCCAUGUCCAAAAUCAUCAUCUACCUCUUCCUCAUCGAGAAAGUUCACGUCGUCAGCUCCGUUGCUACCCUGCGUAAAGACACCUUGCUCUAUCGCACCAACAUCCUACUCCUGACUCCUUAUUCCGUAAUCCUCAUCCUCAUGAUCCUGAAUCGCGUCGCGGUCAUCAACGAGGAAGAGUACUGCUACAUCGGCCUCAAACCCACAGCUUCCAUCACCUUAAUCCUCUAUGAUAUCUUCAUCUCCUCCUGGCUGACCAUCCUCUUCAUCCGCCCCCUGAUGAGCUCCAACUCCACCCUGCAGGGCCCCAGCAAGGGCAAACUGCGCCAGGUUGCCCGUCGAACCCUGAUCGGCUCCAUCGUCGCCUUGAUCCUCAGUUCCGCAAAUGUCUUUACGCUAGUCUAUUAUCAGGGCUAUGAGGACUCGGUCCUGUGUCUAUUGUCCUGUACAAUGGAUGUGACACUCAACGCCUGCGCCAUCCAUUGGGUCACCUCGCGCGCCCGGCCCCGCCAGCAGCUCGACAGGGGGUCGCGUGCUGGCCAUGCUUCGAAUCAAAAUAACCAUCCUAAUCACUUACUGAGCAAUCAUGCGGGUAUCUCCAGCACGGAAAAGCGUGUCACGCCCCUGUCGACGGACUCCCACAUCACUGUCAUGGUUGAGUCCUACAGCGAGCAUCAUUAGUUACGACCAGAAUUCAUUCUAUACAAAUAAUAUACAUCUUGAGUAACACGUCCGCUUUUUCCAAAGUCGUCUACCAAACGAUCGUGCCAUUUAUUUUGACUGGAUGCACAACAAGGCGUCAGGUUUCUAUCCCUGUACUCUAUUGUGAAAAAGCCCAAUGCAUUUGAUGAUCAUUCCCGACCAUGUGCUCCUCUUUAGUAUGCUGAGGAGUUAAUAUCGAGACGAAUCGCAUUUACGAGUUGUA